AUGUCACUCGACGAUCAGCCCAACCCGCUCGCCGAGUCGGGCGUGACGAUGCGCUCCGACAGCGAACAGUACUCGCCUGGCGACGAGCUCUCCACCUCGCCCGCGUCCACGUCCAGCUCACCCGUCAUCCUGUACAAGCCUCCGACGAUAUGGUCGCUGCUGCGCGGCACUGCUAUUAACAUCUUGUUGCCGUUCAUCAAUGGCAUGAUGCUGGGCUUUGGCGAGCUGUUUGCUCACGAGGCCGCCUUUCGGCUGGGAUGGGGAGGCACAAAGGUCUUUCCCGUUUCACGGAGAAAAGCACAUGCAAUCGGACCCGGCAUCGAGGCGCGUGAGAAGCGAGUGCCCGGCGUGACGCUGUCUGAUUUUGCGAGCUUGGAAUAA